AUGUGCCUGGAAAGGUUUAGGAUCCAAGUGAAGCUCAGAUUGUUUUAUAAAGUGAAGUGUUUAGCCAGGGAGCAAAUUCAUGGUGGUUUUGCAGAGUCUUAUGCAAUUUUACCAAAAUAUGCAGAGAUGAUUAAAGCCACAAAUACUGGCUCAUAUGCUCUAAUCACAUGGACUGACAAUGGGGUUAAUGGUACCAAAUUCAAGGCAUGUUUCUUCUCUUUUGCAGCUCAGGUGAAAGGGUUCUUGAGUGGUUGCAGACCCAUUAUAGGGAUAGAUGGUGCACAUCUAAGUGGGUAUUACAAAGGAAUUAUGCUCACUGCAGUAGGCAUUGAUGGUAACAAUGAAAUUUUUGUAAUAGCUUAUGGAUUGGUGGAUACAGAGAGCAUAGACAGCUGGUCUUAUUUCUUCAGAAACCUAAGACACUUGUUUGCCCAGAAUGGUUGCCAGAAGGAAGACUGGACUUUUAUAAGUGACAGGAUGAGGGGUGUUGAACCAGCCCUUUUUGAAGUGUUCCCAAGGGCAACAAGGAGAGUCUGCUGUCAGCAUCUGUACUCAAAUUGCAAGACUGCUGGAUGGAGUGGGACAGAGUUCCAUAAGCUAUUUUGGAUUGCAGCCAAUGCCUAUAAUGAGUAUGUGUAUGACAAAGCAAUGUCAAAGAUAAAGAAGUAUGAUGCAGCAGCAUUUGAGUACCUAACAAAUAUUGAAGAGCAGUGGACUAGGCACAAGUUUGACAAAGUUGUUUGUUGUGAUCAUAACACAACAAACUUUGUUGAGUCAUUCAACUCAGUUACAAAGGACAACAGAGACAUGCCUGUGUUCACUUUACUGGAAGCUGUCAGGAAUUGGUGCAUGAAAAGAAUGGGUUCCAGGUUUGACAAAGCAAUUGACAUGGACCCUAAUGAGCUGACAGACCAUGCUAAAGAGGUUUUGGAGACAAGAAGUGAAGAGUCAAGGUUGUGCCAUGUAACAACAGCUGGUGGGAGAGAGUUUGAAGUCAGGGAUGGCCAUGUCAAGUUCCCUGUCACACUCCAGACUAUGACAUGUGGGUGUGGGAAAUGGCAGGGAUCAGGGAUACCAUGCAGGCAUGGUCUUAGGGUCAUCUACAGCCAGAGACUACAGCCAACAGAUUUUGUGUCACCAUACUACAAGGGGGCUGCGUAUAAGAUGACUUAUGGAGACCAUAUCCACCCUAUGGCUGAUCCUACUCAUUGGCCUGCAUUUGAUGUACCUGAAAUUUUACCACCAACUGUCAAAAGAACUGCAGGCAGACCAGCUAAGCAGAGAAGAAGAGCCCAUCAUGAAGCAAGGAAAGGAAAGAGGCACAAGAACAACAAAUGCAGUGUUUGCAAGGAAUUGGGACACAAUGCCUUAACCUGUAAGGCAAGAAAGGAAGCAGCAAAAAAGGCACAAGAUGCAGCAACCUCUUCACAGCAAGCCAAAGGAAAGGGGAGGAAGAGAAAGGCUGACAGUCAGCAACCUUGA